GAGUUGUUCUUCCCCUCCAUCAGCAGACACAGGUCAUCUCUAGUGCCAGUGGUAGGUCCCUGGGUUGCUACACUGCCAGCAUGAAGGCUUUGCUAAUCUUGGGGCUUUUCCUCCUGCCUCUGGCUGCUCAUGGGAAGAUCUACGAGAGGUGUGAGCUGGCAAGAGCAAUGAAACGUCUUGGGCUGGAUGGAUACUGGGGCUACAGCCUGGGAAACUGGGUGUGCACAGCAAGAUUCGAGAGCCAGUUUAACACGAGCGCCACGAACUAUAACCGAGGUGACCAAAGCACCGACUAUGGGAUUUUACAAAUCAACAGCCACUGGUGGUGCAAUGAUGGCAAGACCCCAGGAGCCAAGAACGCAUGUGGCAUCCAGUGUAGCGAUUUACUGACAGCUGACAUUACAAAUAGUGUAAACUGUGCAAAGAGAGUUGUUCGCGAUCCAAAUGGCAUGGCUGCAUGGGUGGCAUGGACAAGGAACUGCAAAGGACGAGAUGUCUCCCAAUGGAUCAGGGGCUGUGGGGUCUAAAGUGUUGGGGUUUAUCCCAGCCUGGUUCCUUUAUAAAUAAGGAGCUUUUCACAUAGAGCAAAUGAUUCCCUUCACUUGCUUCCCUUUUACAAUUAAUCAUGUUCACAAUAACACAAACUCGGGGCAACUGACUGGGGAAAUGCAAAUAUUUUACUGCAUGCUAGAUCUUUCCAUGUGACCAGCUGCAGUAACGUAUUUUCAGUUCUACACAGUUUAAAAUAUUGCUUAUUAUCUCUCUAUUCUAUAUACACAUAAAAAUAAGCCAGAUCAAUUUUUCCUAUGAAAUCCUGCUAGUACUUUGUUCUGCCAGUUAAUGUUAUGUAUUAUUGCUUGAGUGUUCACAUUCACUAUAAUCAAUAAAAAUGCUUCAUUUGUG